AUGUGAUCAGCUGUGUCCAAUCACAGCCGAUCACAUCAGUGCAAUCUGUCAGUGUCCAUCAGUGCCAGCUCUCAGUGUUCAUCCAUGCCACCUGGCAGUGCCACUUUUCAGUGCCCAUCUGAGCUGCCUUUCAGUGUCACUCAUCAUUGCCAGUCAGUGCCACCUAUCAAUGCAAGUCAGUGCCGCCUAUCAGUGCUGCCAAUCAGUACCAGUCAGUGCCACCUAUCAGUGUGCAUCAGUGCCACCUAACAGUGCCAGUCAGUGUUGCCCAUCAGUGUGAAUCAGUGCCACCUAACAGUGCCAGUCAGUGCUGCCUAUCAG